GCGACAGCAGCCCGACGGCCAUCUUGGCAGCGAGUUCGUCUUCUUGCUCUUUCACCUCAUCCAUCGUGCUCGUUUUGUCGGACCUUUCCCUGUCCGCUUGAUCCCGGCCCAUCUCGAGUCCACUGCCUCUACUGCAAUGGAAGCCGCGACUCCAACCCACCCCGACAAGCUCGUUCACUCCGAGUCGGCCGACACCACUGUCGAGCUCGACAACCAGAACGACUAUAUCGACCGGGACGAGGAUAUUUCCAGCUACUCCUUGGAGGAGCGCCAUCUCUUUCUGAAGCUGACCCGAUAUCUUGUCCCGUGGAUGUUCGUCAUGUACUUUUUCUGCUACAUUGAUCGCGCAAAUCUGUCGAGCGCGCUGGUGAUGAACAAGGAGACCGGUCACUCCCUCAAACAGAUGGUCCUCUCCGACCAGGAUGUCUCGAUCGGUCUCGGACUCUUUUACCUGGGCUACGUCAUCUUUGAGAUCCCCUCGAACUGGGUCCUCACCAAGGUCCGCCCCAGUCUCUGGUUCGCGCGGAUCAUGGUCAGCUGGGGCAUUGUCCUUGGCUGCUUUGCCCUGAUCUCCAAGAGUUGGCACUUUUUCCUCCUGCGGUUUCUGCUUGGGGCCACUGAAGCUGGUCUCUUCCCUGGCAUGUCAUACUACAUGACCCUCUGGUUCAAGCGGCGCGAGACGUCCACCGCCUAUUCGGGCUGGUACAUUGGCCUCCCGCUCGCCGGAAUGGUCUCGGGCAUCCUGGGCGCCGUGAUCGGCAAUAUGGAUGGGAUCGGCAAUCUGCGCGGAUGGCAGUGGAACUUUCUUCUGCCGGCUAUCCCGACCAUUCUCAUCGGCAUUGCUGCGUACUUUAUCUUGCCCGACGAGCCCAGUCCAACAUCAAGCAGCCUGCGCUACCGAUUUUUGUCGACGGAGGAGCACAAGAUGGCCGAGUCCCGGAUGGCUACCCGCAAGGCCCAGCUGCUGUCGGCGACCCACAAUGCGCACAGUCUCAGGACGCUGUGGAGAUCGAUCUCGGAUUGGAAGGUGAUUUUCUUUGCGAUUGUCUAUCUCCCUGGGCUCGUCGCAUCGACAAGCCUGGCGUACUACCUGCCUCUGUUUGUCAGCGGCCUCGGCUUCAGCUCUGUGUUAAGCCAGAUCAUGGCAGCGGCCGGCUGGAUCUACGCUGCCAUCCACAUGGUCAUCGCCGGUCGCAUAUCCGACAAGUUUGGCAGCCGCAGUCUACCCCUGGUCGUGAACAUGAUCCUGGCCAGCAUUGGCUUUCUCGGAAUGGGGCUUGGCGGCAAUCUGUGGGUUCUGCGCUAUGUGGCAGCAUUCCUGGCCCUUGGCGGCACCAAGAGCGUCACGGCGAUCUGCAUGCCGUGGACAAGCAACAAUUUUGUCGCCCAGUUCGCUCCCGGUGCGAUCGCAGCAGUCACCACGCUGGGCAACAUCGGCAACAUCGUGACGAGCUUUACGAUCUUUUCGGCCUGGGCAGCCGAUGCACAGAGGAACUAUGAGUAUUCGUGUGUGGUCGUCGCAGGGCUGAUGUGGCUCUCUAUCCUAUCGACGGUAUUCUUGCGUGUGUUCUUUAUCCGCGAGAACGGCAAGCCCAAGGGAGCCAAGACAGCCGAGGCGGUCGAGCGAUACAUUAUAUGAUUUGAAUCAGAGCAGCGCAAGGGAGGGAUCAGAGCACAGAAUGAGUCAGCGAGAGUUGCUUGGCAAUAGUGCCGCCCAUGGAUGUAAUGGAUAUGGAUUGGAAGCAUAAUACAGCUUGUUGUGCACAACCCAUGUGC